UACAAAAGCUGUGUAAACAAACGCGAUUGCUGCGUCGUUGUUAUCUGAAUUGUGAUCAAAUCGAAGAGGACGGAUCUGUUUAUUCGAGGUGACCAUGCUGACCAAAUGAGACAUUUUAAUUAUAACCUGACACUAAGCAGUGCAAAAAGGACGAAAAAACGUCCAAUAUCCGCCAACGUACGCCAAAAGUUAAUUACAACGGGUAUAAUUACUUUUCUCAAUUAGUUUCUUGUCCUAUAUCAUCAGGGAGUACCAGAGUCUUUACGACAUUAAACGGUCUUUUCUCAGAAGUCGCUCCAUUUUGGGACGGCAAAGCACUGGUACAAGCAACUCUCCCGUCCGACAGGUAAUUCAGCAACUGGACAACUGAUAAAAAGCUGAAAACUGAGAUAAUCCGAAAAAACAAUUUGUCUGCGAUCAAUUUAAGCUAAAAUACGCUUUUAUCAAGAAUCAUGUUCGGAGCUAUGAAUAACACCACCCGUGGAACAGUCGACAACUGCACUGCUGACCUGUCCUUAAUUUCCUCGAUUUUUCUGAUAUGUUUGUACUCUGUAUCGAGUAUAACUUGCCUGUUCGGCAAUGGAAUUGUUCUGCUCGCAAUCUACCAAACGACUGCACUUCGCACAGUAUCGAACUUUUUCAUUGCUUCACUGGCCUUCGCGGACGUUUCGGUGGGUGUCUUCAUGAACCCAAUUCUGAUUUCGAAAGUGGCGCUGGACCUGUGGCAAGGAAAUCACUGGCUCUCAAAGCUAGCAGACUUCAUGUGGAUACAAACAACAACAAGCACAACGUUUAAUUUAUGCGCUGUUAGCAUCGACAGGUACGUGGCAAUUACAGCCGUGUUCAAACAUCACACAGUCAUUACGUGCAAGAAAUGUUUCGGGGCGCUAACUUUUAUUUGGAUAUUUUCUGUGAUGUUUGCUUCGACGAGAUUUUUUAUCCACAAUCAAGCUAUUUUACCAAGGCUUUGGAUUUCAACCACUCUGAUCACAGUUAUAAUUCCUUUACUUUUGAUUGGAUUUUGUUAUGUGCAAAUCUACUGCGCGGCCAGAGCGCAAAUCAACAAAAUCGCCAAGCGCAAGUUGACCGCCGAGGAAGCGAAACUAUCUGCAAAGAACAGAAAAGCAGCCUGGACGGCGGCAAUAAUUAUUUCACUUUUCGUAAUUAUGUGGACACCGAGCUUUGUGGCCUCUUGUAUUGAGCUAACCACGGUGGAUCGUUGUAAAACAUUGCGAAUUGAUUUUGCGUGGUUCUGGCUGGCUUUUCUAUGCUUUUGCUCUUCAGCAAUAAAUCCCUGGGUAUAUACAAUACGAGUGCCCGAGUUUAAAAAUACCCUGAGAAGAAUUUUGGGACGAAAGCGUUUGAAGAGAGAACUUUCUCGGAGUAUUGCCGCAAGUUUUCGAAACUCGAAAAGCAGUUAGCUUUUUAAUUGCCAAACCUCUGGGUGGAGCAAAAAAACUUGGCCUUCUGACAUGUUCAAACCGGAGGGAAAAAAAAUCGUUUUUGGAUUUACGUCGUUGUGGUUGUAAUAUUUACAUGUAAAGAUUUCGGAAAAUUGUACAAUAUUUCGUUGGCAUAAUUGCUGCUAACUGUACUCAGUUUAGAGGGUGUCACUUUGCAGAUUGGCUGGCAGCUGGCGAAAUUAAGUCAUUGCGCUGCAAGUUAUCAGUUAAUGUGAUAUUUUUAGCUUUUGGCGAUCAAAAUUACCUGCUGCAAGUUAAUAGUUAUAUUUUCUACUCAUUUUACUUCCACAAUGAAACUAACUUUAAAAAAUAGUCUACUUACCCGUUUUUGUUUGAAUCGUACAUUUGCAAGCUAAGACUGUACAAGACGAUAAAAUGGUCAUCAAUUUUCUACCAGACUGGUUGGACUGAUUUCCUUUGGUGGGGGGUUUUUGCAAGCUAAGACUGUACAAGACGAUAAAAUGGUCAUCAAUUUUCUACCAGACUGGUUGGACUGAUUGGUGGGGGGUUUUGAGGAAAAUAAUUUACAGUUUUACAGUUCUUUUAUAGAAUAAUGCACGGGUAUGUUGAAGCCCAACCAUCCGGGUGGUGUCGCCCUUAUAUAGCACAAGAACAAAAGGCUUGCGUGUGAGCCAAUGAGGAAGCACUGACGUCAUGGUCAAACCGGACAAACGAGUUUCUGAGACCGGCUGGAUUUGAUGAUCCAAACUGAUGGCGGACAAAUUCUGUCCAACAAUCUUUUGAAUCUACUCUUCAUUCACAAGUUUCUAUACGUCCAGCGACUCUUUAACGCCGUUACCAUCUCUUUCUGUAACGCUGCUUAUUUCUGAAGAAAUUGUGGCGAAGAAUUGGGUUUCCUUGCCACGAGCGACUUCAAAGUGAUCUUCGAACCCGUUCAUACCGUUCUCAUCGUUUCUUGUUGGAUUCCGCCUGCUAUUCAUCGAUCCGUCUCAAUGCUUCGAUGCCGCUCAUCACGUUGUCAAAUGAUAUAUCUGCAAACUCAGGGCCUAAAGUAAUCUUAAACCAACAACUCCCUAAAACUCGGGGCUUAAACAUUCAGGUCACCUAAACAUCGGAAGUUUGGGACCAAACAGUGACCAAAGUUGGACUCCAUUCGAAUUUUGGUUGAAAGAUCAGCUCCUUCGAUAGUUUCACGAUUUCGGAAACAAGGCUUAAUCCAGCGAUAUUGAAUCACGAUCUUUGUACCUGGUAACAGCAUUGUGAGACAAGAUCUAAUCGGAAGGGAAAACGAGGUGGCUUCGCAAAUUAUAAUCGUGAUGGAAUUCUUUUUCGUCUUCGACCUGAUAUAUACUACCUUUGGGAACGGUUUGAUUGAAAUCGCUUGAGUUAAGAUUAAAAAUCUACUUAUUGGUGCUAUCUGCAGAGCUUCUAAUGUCUCCGCCCAACUAUAUUAAUGAAAUGGACGCUGUUUUAUCAAAACUCCCCGAUGCCGCUGAACUUUUUUGUAUUAGGAGCCUUACAUGUAGAUUUCAUUUGUAAAAAAAUAUAACAAACUUGAAAAAGAAAUUGCCGAUCGAGCUUUCCAAAUUCACAUCCCACGAGAUCAACGACAAACAAUGAAUCUCAAAUUGAUCUCAUAUUUAUAAACAAUUGUUAUCCCAUUGUUAAUUAGGGUGCGAUUUAUCCGAGUUUGACUGAUAUGUCAUUCUCUAGUGCAUGUACAGCCUCAUUAAGGCAGGUGUCCCUAAGGCGCCUGCGCGCUUUAUUGAAUAACGUCAUUAGUCUGAAGAUGUCAACGAUGCCGUAAACACAUGGUGUACCAUCUACCAUUGUACAGAUGAUCAAUACGCUACCAUCAAAAAACAAAAGGGAGCUUAAGCAAACCACAAUGAAAUUGGCAAUUGUAACGUCGCUAAACAAACUACAAUCUUGGAUAAUUUAAUGAAUAAUUAAGGCCACGCCCUCCCCCCAUUUCAGUGAUGGAAAAAAUGGCGCGUUUUGGUUUUAGCGCCACUUCAUCAUUGAGUCGGGGGCAGGGGUGAUUUUAUUUCUUGUUUUAUGCUGAUCAAGAUUGUAGCUAGGCUUUUUAAGCAGAACAAUAUUAAAUCACCUGCGGUUUAAUUCUUGCUACAUUUCUUUGUUUAUCAAAAUCAACGCCGUCUUAUCUGCUCGGUU